GUCUUCUGUAUCUUCCAAGAAAAAAAGAAAAAAAAAAAAGGAAAAGUGGGCUCUUUGAGGUGCUAGGAAUUGACAAACUAAUUUUGGUUAAUGGCUCCUUUGGAUGAGAUCAUCAGAUUGAAAGAGAAAUAUCGCCUUCAUGUUUUAUUAGAUGAGAGUAACCUAUUUGGUGUACUCGGUCAUUCAGGAAAAGGUUGAGAACAUAGAUAUCAUAACUCUGCCAUAGGACGACAUCCAUUACCAACAGAAGGUGGAUUUUGCACCGGAAGUGCAAGGGUCAUUGAUCACUAGAUAUGUGUUGCUGUACAAAUAUAUAUGGGCAUUUAUUAUUUAUUAAAUAAACCAAAUGGUUGAUU